CCCUGCAUCCCCACAUGUCCCAGAGGCCCCAGUCUAGCCCCCAGAGCAACAAGCCAAGUUUCCUUCCAGCAGCUCCCAGUAAUACUCAAAAUGAGACUGAAGUCUCUCCAAUUACCUACAAGUCCCAGGCCAGUAUCCAAGGCUCUCAGCCCACUAUCCAUAAUCGCUGGGUCAGCAUCCAAGAGCCCCCACCCAUUAUCAACAGCCGCCGGGUCAGCAUCCAAGAGCCCUUGUCCAUUAUCCACAAUCGCCGCAUCAGCUUCCAAGACCCUCCACUAGUCCACAGUCGCAGGACCAAUAUCCAAGAUGCACCACCCAUUAUCAACAGUCGCUGGGUCAGUACUGAGGACAUGCCAUCCACUGUGAGCAGUCAUCAGCCAGGUAUCCAAGACACAUCGUCAGUUACCUACAGUCACCAUUUCAGUACCAGAGAUGUUUCACCAAUUUUCGAAACUCGCCAUUUCACCAUCCAAAAUUCUCCAUUACUUCCUCACACUUCCCUGACCAAUAUAGAAUCCAUUAUCCACAGUGGUAAUCAAGUCAUUAACCAAGACCAUCUUCCAACAAACCAGAAUCCCUGCUCGAGUACUCAAUGCCUCAAAUCGCAAGUCCGGGCCAAAGUUGAUGUCCCCCCUUCAAUUACUCACAGCCCCACAGCCAGUAUCAAAAGUGUUGACUCAGUCAUCUGGACCUCCCACGAGACUUUCAGAGACUCUUUGGACAGUUUCCUAUCCAACCCAAGUACUCUAGACAAUAUCCAGAGCAUACAGUCAAACAGAUCUGCUGAGAUGGAUUCUGGCAGGUAUCAGAGGAAAAGUAAAUGCAGCCAAUCACAGCUGCCCCUGUGCUGGCGGCUGCUGCACAGAGCCAAGAAGAUCAGCCGUCAGGUGAGCCUGGCACUGUGCCUGGCUGGCAUGGUGAUCAUCGGUCUCAUCACUCUGGGCCAGCCCUGGAUCCACUUCCAGGUGCCACUGACACCCCCUGGGGAUCCUGAUGGCCCCUUGUUCAUCUCCAUCAACACCAUCUUCUUUGUGCGGUGCCCUGACAUCUCCUGCCUCCAUGAGUACGACCAGAAUGCUUACUUGCUGGACUUUGCCUGGGCUUUUCUCAUCCUCGCCAGCAUCACCAGCAUCUGCCUCUGCACCAUACUCAUAAACAUCAUCUUCUUCACCAGCUCCAAAAUACCCAUGCUGGACUUCUCCAACGUCAUCAUCAGCAUCCUGACAGGCAUGGCACUGAGAUUUAUCCCUCAGAAACCAUGGCGAGGAGUGCCUUGCCCAGGGCCCAUGAUGAUAUCCGACCCCUUCCCCACCACAUCCCAACGCUGUUCUCAUCCUCACAUUCAUUGCCCAUCCCAAUUCUAUCUCCCUCCAAAUCUCCAAUCAAUCCUGAUAAAAAAAAAUAUGAACUUCCAAUACAAUCUCAUCUCCAGCCCCAAUAUCAGCCUCCAGUUCACCUGUCAUCUCUAUCACCCACAAAUCUCAAACUCAACGGUAUUCAUUUUUGUGAUGUCCAUCCCCAUCCCACCCUCCAUUCCAAUUCUAUCUCUUUCCAAUCUCCAAACCAUCCCCCUUACCAUCCCCAACCCCUUUCCAAAUCUCAACACUCAUUCCAAAUCCAACCCAACUCUAUCACCUGUGAACCUCACUUUCAAACUCAACCAAAACCCAUCCCCAACCUCACCUUCCAUCUUGAUCACUCAAACUUCAACCUCUACCCAAUACCCAUUUCCAGUUCUGACUCAUCCCAAAUCCUUUCUCCACCCCUUACCACCAGCUCUGUGAUUUUGUUCAAGCUACUUAAUCUUUCUGAGCCACAGAUUUCUCUUGCAGAUUGGGGGUAAAUUUCCUAUCACGUGGAGAUAUAGUGAGGACUGAAUUAGAAAAUGUUGGUACCUGGUAGAAGCUAUUUAAAUGUGCACAAUUUAAUUCUUCCACCUGACCCAAAUAUCUCAAAACUGAUAACCUGAUUAGAAUUAGUCUAUUUUUCCAUGUGCAUGUUGAAUCAUACUUUUUAGAAAAGGAGGUAGGGUGGCACUUUAAUUUGGAAAUAAAGGGUAUUAUGUUUCUGUCA